AUGUUCAAUGGGUCGAAUAAUGGCUUACUAGCCAGUAACCGAAGGAGCGAUCCAUAUGGCUAUGACAGCGAAGACGAGGACAACAGUGAUGGGAGGAGCAACAUGUCGAUGAAUGGAGGUCGCACUGCCUCCCAGCUGAGCAAGAGUGGCAGUCAAUUGGAUAGGAAGUAUGGUAUCGGUGCGAAACUGAUGUCCAAGAUGGGCUACGUAGAAGGACAAGGUUUGGGGAAGGAUGGGUCAGGUAUUGCAAACCCUAUUCAAGUGAAGCCGAGAUCUAAUCCCAGCGUUGGCCUUGGUACGCUAUCGGACGGGAGAGCUAGAAGAUAUGAGACAAACGACAGUUCCGAUGAAGAGCUGGCUCUUCGAACGCACAACAUCCUAGCUUUCAACAAAGGCGCGACUGAGAGUCUAUCGGAGGACAAGCUGAAAGCAGAAUAUGGGCGUCGUCGGGCGUUAAAGCAGAGAAUUAGCGAGCUCCAACUCAAGCUCCAUUCGGAGAUCCCAUCCGGGCUGCUCGAGAAGGUCGAGAGUGCUUCUUUAAACGAAAUUCAAGAGCUAGAGGCGAUAGAGACCGGGCUGCUGGAUAAUCAACGUGACUCAGCAGGAUUGGAUCAUCGAAUUAAGGCUCUGGAACUCGAAAUCACAGCGCUGGCGGAUGAAGAAAGACAGUUACGCGAAAUCGUUGAAGACAUCAAAAAUGAAGCGACACGUACGUUACUGAAUGUAGCGGGCAGAAUAUUGGGUCUUUCAAAUUCUGAAUUAGUCGAUAGGCUCAUUUCACAACUACUGCGACAACGUUUCGCAUCACCUCGCUUUUUAGAAGCAGGCCGAACUCCAUCUCAUGGCGAGCAGAUCUUAGAGUUGGUUGAAAUGCUGCAGUACCAAAUGGAGGCUGCUACGUCUCAGCUCAAUCGCACUCAAACAGAAAUUCAUAAAAUUAUGUUCGGCUGGUUCUUACAGCUGUGGCAAGAUUUUACCGUGGAUAAGCAACAAACAGGCCCUAUGAUUUAUAUGUUGCUAGAUUUUGAACCCGUCAUGAAGUUCAUCAAUUGCUUCGAUUAUGUGAAAGAGAAAUUCAUCUAUCCGAAGCUUCUGAGUGCUCUACAAUUGUGGAACAUCGCUGGUCCGGAAGAAUUUCCUCCCAGAUUAUGGGUUUUCGACUUCUUCGUCAUCGUGGAUCAAUCGACCAAGGCAAAAUUUGAGAAGGUUGUCGAAACCAAAGUAGUGGAGUAUUUUAAUUCAUGGUAUCACAGGGAUUCACCAUUGAUAUCAAGACCUGACUUAAUUUUCGCACAGGAACUUCUGGGUGAGAAAUACUACGAAGUAAUGAGAACUAAAUUUCUACCCCGGUUCAUUGAGCAACUGUGGGAUAAACAUUUCGAUCCUUUGAUGGAAUUGGAAGACUGGAGAACAGCAUUUGUCGAUGAAGGAUCGAUCUACUAUGUCAGAAAACUGCUAGGAUACAGAUAUUAUUUUGACAAGACCAUUUUCGACACGCUGCUAAAAGCAGUCUUCAACGAGUACAAUAAAAUACUGUAUCAGUGGUUGCUGUAUUCACCGAAAGAAGAUAUCCCUAAGGCCAGAUACUGGUUUAUUUCUAUCGUUAAUGAUAUCUUCCGAGACUCAGCGCCUUCAGAGUCCGAGCUUGCCCAGAUAAGGACUACACUUUCGUUUCUCAACCGGCCAACUGUAAAACCUAUCCAUGAUGAGAGCUUCGAUCUCGUGAAAGAGCUGGAUAGAUUGCAGAAAACAGGCAGAGAUAGUGGCAAGGAUGCGCCCUACACGGUUCAGAAUAUACCAAUGAGGAAGAUCUCGGUAACGUUUAAGAAUGUUGUUGAGGAUUUUUGUGCGGAGAAUGGAUAUUUAAUGGAGAAACUCCAAGGACAGUACGCGCAAUUGCCAGACGGCUACCAUGGAGAUACACUCGUUCCACUGUUCAAGCUUUCUCGAACCGGUGCAACUUACAACCUAGCCAUAAAUAAAGAUAUUCUGUGGGUAGAAAAAGAGAAAGGAGUUUUUGAACCUACCUAUUUGUAUGAACUCAAAUGA